UACGAAAAUAUGGCUAAUGAUGUAAGAAAGAUGCUGAGAGCUACACUAAUGACGAAGUGGAAGGAAGUUGAUAAAAUCCUUUCAAACUUCAAUUUAAUAACGAGAUCAUUAUUUUGAUAGCUUGUUGAAAAGGUACAACACUGAUUUACUGUUUACAGUUGAUAAUAGUAAGUUGACAUAAAUUUACUUUAAAUCUGCAAUGGUACGUGUAGAUAAUAGGACUGUAAAAAAAAACAACAAAAAAUAAAUAAAGGCAAUCUGUAUAUAAAUAAUCAAAACAGAGGAAUGUACACUCAAUUAUAUAUCAUGCUAAGAACACUGGUUGCCACCACAAAGAAAGAAAAAAAACAAGGCAUAACCGCGAUAAAAGCGAAGUUGAUUCGCUGGUGCAGCCAAGUGCCCUCCUGAGCGUUAUCAGAUACUUUGGUGAGUUGGGACACUUAUGAGGCCAGAAACUUCCCUAUUCGCGGUCCAGCUCCUCCUAAUGUUUCAAAAGCUACAAGUAAAAAAAUGUAAUUUUCCGACAGAUUCCACUAUUUCUGUUUCUUAUUUCGUUCUGCUACGAAAACAGUGAUUCCUUACCUUCACCACAGCAUUAAUAAUGAAUGACAGAGCAAAUGAGUAGCUAACUGUGGCGUGGGCUUCGAGUCCAAAGACAAAGGAUAUUAGAUGGCAUUUGGUAUUGAAGAAUUUUUCCAUCAGAUGCUUCAAGAAUAUUAACAUCUUUUAAAGACUGAAGGAUGAUGUCAUACAGAAUAGAUAUAACCCUGUUUAUAUAAAUCUGUGACUGAGUUACUGUUUAGAAGAUGUACGAGAUAAAAAUUUGGACUUAUUUACUAAGGAGUUCACAGCAGCUUCAGAUGUUGACAAAGAUCUCAACUGAUAGAAAUAUAGCAGUAGACAUAUCUGUUAGGAAUACAAGAUAAAAGAAAAGAGGAAAAUAUGCUGUCGUGGAAGAAGAAAAAUUAUGGAAAAUGAAUUAUGUGAGAAUCAGGUUAAAUGUAUAACGCAAACCAAACAAAUUGAUUUUCCUGAUAACAUGAUGCUACAAGAGAUAAGGAAAUCUUUAUACCUCUGUGAUAUCUGUAAUAAACCAUUCUCUCAAAAAGGUCACCUCACUACUCACAAACGUAUUCACACAGGAGAGAAACCAUAUCAUUGUGAUAUCUGUGGUAAAUCAUUUUCUCAAAGAAGUCCUUUAACAACUCACAAACGUAUUCAUACUGGAGAAAAACCAUAUCACUGUGAUAUCUGUGGUUACUCAUUCUCCACAAAAAGUCACUUAAAUACUCACAAACGUAUUCAUACAGGAGAAACUCCAUAUCAUUGUGAUAUCUGUGGUAAAUCAUUCUCUGAAGGAGGUAAAUUAAAUAAACAUAAAUUCAUUCAUACUGGAGAGAAACCCUAUCACUGUGAUACAUGUGGUAAAUCAUUCUCUACAAGAAGUCAUUUAAUUACUCAUAAGCGCAUUCAUACAGGAGAAACUCCAUAUCACUGUGACAUUUGUGGUAAAUCAUUCUCCGUAGGAGGCAAUUUAACUAAACACAAGUACAUUCAUAUAGGAGAGAAGCCAUAUCACUGUGAUAUCUGUGGUAAGUCCUUCUUUCAAAGAGUUCAUGUUACUUCUCACAAACGUACUCAUACAGGUGAGAAGCCACAUCACUGUGAUAUCUGUGGUAAAUCAUUCCCUGAAAAAUGUCAUUUAACUACUCACAAACGUAUUCAUACAGGGGAAAAACCAUAUCACUGUGAUAUCUGUGGUAAAUCAUUCUCUCAAUCAAGUUACAUAACUAUACACAACAGACGUAUUCAUACAGAAGAAAAACACAAAAAUACAAGUGAAAAACCAUACCAUUGUGAUAUCUGUGGUAAAUCAUUUGCUGAAACAAGCUACUUAACCUCUCACAAGCGCAUUCAUACUGGUGAGAAACCCUAUCACUGUGAUAUCUGUGGUAAAUCAUUCUCUGGAAGAAGUAACUUAUCUAAACACAGACAUAUACAUACAGGAGAGAAGCCAUAUCACUGUGAUAUAUGUGGUAUUUCAUUUUCUCAAGCAGGUCACUUAACUACUCACAAGCACAUUCACACAGGAGAGAAGCCCUAUCACUGUGAUGUGUGUGGUAAAUCGUUCUCCCAAACCAGUCAUUUAACUAUUCACAAACGUAUUCACACUGGUGAGAAACCAUAUCACUGUGAUAUUUGUGGUAAAUCUUUCUACCAAAAUAGUGAUGUAACUAAACACAAACGUAUUCACACAGGAGAGAAGCCAUACCAUUGUGAUAGUUGUGGUAAAUCAUUCUCUGAAGGAAGGUUCUUAUCUAAACACAAACAUAUUCAUAGAGGAGAAAAACCAAAACAAAACAAUAUUUAUUCAAUUAUUCAGUAGUAACUUGUUUAACUGCUAAAAUAUUCAUACAGAAGAGAAACCACAUCACUAGUAUCUCUGACAAAUCAUUCCCUGAAAAAGUUGCAUAACUUCACAUACGCACUCAUAAAGGGGGAAAAAAACCCAUAUCAUUGUGAUAUCUUUCAUUGAUAAUUCUCUCAAUCAAGUUACAUAACUAUACAUAACAGACAUAGUCAUACACAAAAUUAUAAGUGAAAAACCAUAUCCUGUGGUAUAUUGUUCUCUCAAGCCAGCCAUUUAAUCAUUUGCAAAUGUAUUCAUGCAGGAGAGAGACAGUAUCUGUAGUAAAUCAUUUAAUCAAAUUAGUAAUGUAACUAAGCACAAAUUUAUUCAAAGCGGAGAGAAACCAUAUUGUGAUGGUGACAAUAAAUCUUUAUCUGAAAGAAGGUUAACUACUCACAACCAUUCUGUUCACUCAAUAGUUACUUGAUUGACUGCUAACAUACUUAUACAGAUAAGAAACCAUGUUACUGUAAUAUUUUGUAUAUCAUUCUUUGCAACAAAUCAUUCAACUACGCAAGUGCUUUCACACAAGAGACAAAACGUAAUCCAGUAAUAUCUGUGGUAAUUAUUUUUCUCAAUCAAGUAACAUAGAGUUUAUGAAAAAAAUGUAUUUUAUAUAACCAUAAAUAUAUUCACAGAAAAAGAAAAUACAACAGUGUGAUAACUUCCAAACAGUGUAGUUUAUAUAACCACAGUUAUAUCUACAUUGGUGAUAGUUUUAAUAAAAUCAUUCAGGAUUCUCAAAAUGAUCUUGUAAUUUCCACAUUGACUUUACAGCAAGAGCCUUAAGCCAGUAAAGUUGAAAGAUCACUUUCUAACUUGUUUCAUUUAGGAUGUUUGAACUUUUUCAAUGAAUUUUAGACAGUAAUGAUAAUAAUAAAGUUGCUAAACACUUCUUUUUACAUAAAACAUUAUACUAAAAUAA